AUUGUUGACUAGCCAUUACCGACUUGAAAUCAAGUCUACUGCAAGGGGCAAAAUGGCGUCCAUUGAUGAAACUGAAACGCUCGAAACGUUGCUGAACAAAGCAACCAGUCCCAUGAACAGAGAUGAGGACUGGGAAUAUAUCAUGAAUUUCUGUGACCGUGUAAACGUGGAACUGGAAGGGCCGGAGAUAGCAUGCCGACUGCUCAGUCACAAGAUACAGUCACCCCAGGAGCGAGAAGCAUUACAGGCAUUGACUGUUGUUGAAGCGUGUGUGAAAAACUGUGGGGAGCCCUUUCAUAAGCAGGUGGGGAAGUUCCGCUUCCUGAAUGAGAUGAUUAAAUUAGUGUCGCCAAAGUAUCUUGGCACGAAAUCACCAGAGUCAGUCAAGAAGAAGGUGAUCGAGAUGAUGUACAGUUGGCAGGCUGGCUUGCCCCAAGAACCCAAGAUUAUUGAAGCUUACCAGAUGCUGAAGAAACAAGGCUUAGUAAAGGAGGACCCUGUCUAUAUGGAUAAGCAGUACUUACCACCUCCACCCCCUAGGCCCAAGAAUGCAGCCUUUGAAGAUGAAGAAAAAUCUAAGCUCCUGGCCAGACUACUUAAGAGCAAGCAUCCGGAGGACCUCCAGGCGGCCAACCGCCUCAUCAAGAACAUGGUCAAGGAGGACGAGAAGAAGACGGAGAAGCUCUCGCGGAGGAUGAAUGAGCUGGAGAGCUGCAAUAACAACGUCAAGCUGCUGACAGAAAUGAUGGAGCACUACCAGCCUGGAGUGACCAGUGAACAGGAGAUGGAACUCAUGAAAGAACUGUACAUUGCCUGUGAGAAGAUGCGACCCAACCUGUUUCGAUUGGCCAGCGACACAGAGGACAAGGAUGAUGGGAUAGCUGACGUCUUACAGACUAACGAUGCUGUGGUCAAGGUGAUGGAGAUGUACAAGGAGAAGAUAGGCUUGGACAGUCUGGACCAGCCCUCCUCCCCUUCACCCGUCAACAGUGUUCCCUCAGCGCCUUUGGCCAAAACAUCCAAUCAGGAAGAUUCAUUGCUUGACCUGAGCGGUCUGGACCCAGCACCCCCAGCCGUCAAUAACGCCAGCGAUAGCCUGGCGGCAUUUGCUCCAUACUCACCGCCUUCAUCCCCCAGAGUAGCAGCUGGGGUGGCCCCAACAACUCAACCCUCCAGCACGCAACUCCUGCAGGAUCAACUCUCAUCUCUUGGUUUUCCAAACAGUACCACCGGUCAGCCGUUGGCGCAGUCCACGCAGGGCUUCACAAGGACCUCUGUGACCCAGAGGACAAGCCCAAUUGCCUUGGAGAGUAUGCUGGGGCCAGUGCCAACCUCCGGCAUGCCCAACUACAGUAUCCAACAGCAGCAAGCAGGUCCCUCAGUUUUUGAUCUCAAACAGCCAAGCAACCCCCUGCAGCCAAGAAUGGGUGCACCCGUCAUGGCUGCACCCACCGCAGCCGGCGCUGCCAGCAUGGUGGUCCGCCCCAAUCAGCCCAUAGGAACCAUGGGUGGUACCAUUCAACCUGCAGGGAUCCACCCCACCACCAACCAGCCUGCGGUCAGGCUGCCGCCAUACAACAGAACGCACAGUGCGGGUGGAGCUGUGCUACCGCAAGGAGGGGGAGGAAGUGGCAUGGCUCACUCUCCUUUUGCCGAUUUGGAGAGUCUCGGGAAGAGCAUGGUGAAACAGCAGAUGAACGGAGUCAAACAGCCUUCAGUUAGCACACAGCAGCCAGUCACCACCCCACAACCAGCAGGCCAGCAGCAGCCGCAGCCAGCAGGACCACAGCUCUCAAGCCUGACGCCACCCACCCAACAGGCAUUGACAACCACGCAGUCGAUCACACAGCCAAUGACAUCACCCCCAGCCCAAUCCCCAGCACAACCCAUUCUCCCAACACAGACAACAGCACUCCCUGCCCCAACACAAUCCACUGUGCAGGGGACAUCCCAACCCACAGUGCAAGGGACGGUUCCACCAGUUGUGGCUACGUCUCCCCCAGCUACAGUUCUCUCACUAGCCGAUGUCUUUGUGCCAUUGGAAACAGUUCAACCCGGUACUAUUCCGCCAAUUACGGCCUAUGAGAAGAACUUUAUGAAAACCGUGUUUCAUUUUGCUAAGAAUGCCCCAAGAGCAGACAUAACAGUCCUGGUUGUCUCAACGAUGAGCACAAAUCCUUCAGCUGUGAAAAAUGUUGUAUUCCAAGCAGCGGUACCAAAGACGAUGCGAGUCAAGCUGCAGCCUCCCUCAGCCACAGACCUGCCUGCGUUCAACCCAAUCCUUCCUCCGGCGGCCAUCACCCAAGUCAUGUUGAUAGCCAAUCCGCAGAAGGAAAAGGUUCGACUCAAGUUCAAGAUACAGUACACAAUCGAUGACCAAGUGACGACGGACGUUGGUGAGGUUGAGAAAUUCCCAGUUUAACAGUUAUUUUUUAUACAGAAUUGGCUGUAUAGCUCACAAGUUGUUUUUGUUUUGUUUUUUCCUUUUUUUUGAGUAAAAAAAGACGAAAUUUUGUGAUUUAGUUUGUAAUGUUUUGGAAUCUUGGGCAAUAUUGAGGAAGGUUACUAAGAUUUAUUAGAAAAGGAAUCGACAGUCGAAUAUCUCCCUGUAAAACAGAGCUCGAACAUUCUUUGUACAAACUGUUUACAUGAGUAUGCUAUAAUAAAGUUUCACAGUGUAGUUGUAGGUCUCACCAGAGUGAACUAUCUUGUUCACUGCCCCUCACGAACUGGUGUGUAGAGAGUACAUGCCAAAUAUGUGUUAGACCAUGUGUCGAGCUAUCCCAUAAAUGCUAUUUUGCUAACUAUUUCUUUACUGUUGCAUCUUACCAAAGAAACGAGUACAUCUGGCCAUGUGAUUUUUAUCCCUAAAAUACAAAUUAUGUAAAACUGGAGUGGAUGUAUAUAGACUCCGUUACCAGUUGCAAAUAUCGCCAGCCUCUUUCAGCAACUCUUGUUUUUCAAUUUCUUUUAAAGUGUUUUCCCUCCUUUUUCUCUUUUGAAAUCCAUUAAGUUGAAAUUCACUUUUAACUUACAACAGAAGUAUACUUCCUCUUACCUCGGAAGUUAACUUCUCUUACCCACAGAAGUAAUUUUGGGAACAGCUGCAGAAUCCGUAAUAUCGGAUUGGAAAAAGAAAAUCGUACAGAGUAGUUUCAUCCAAAAGCUGUCCAAAAAUUGCCAGGAAUUCCUCGAAUUGU